AACCUCGGUAGGCUAGGUUAUGAAACCACACAGUGUUUUAGCAUAUCUCAUUUGAACUUAAUUUGAUUUAUUAUCUAAAUAAACGAACGAACUAACUAACAAAUAUGUCUAAACUAACGCUCAUCAUAUUGUGCUUCUGGCUUUAUCUGGCUCGAACGGUGGUCUCCGGAGAUCUUUAUCAUAAAGUGGGAGGUGAGCUCCUGUUAAAACCAGACAAGUCCACAGUGCCUGACUCCGACACAAGCAUCCUAUGGAAGCAUGGGAAGAAUAAGGUGGCAGAGCGGGACAAGGAUUUUGGUGGUAGUCUGGACAUCUAUGCUGGCUUCAAAGGCCGCACAACCCUGGACCAGAAUACUGGAGAGCUGAGAAUCAGUGGAUUGAAGAAAACAGACAGUGGAGUUUAUUCUGUGGAGUUCAACAGCAAACUACUUGACAAGACAUAUAACAUAUCUGUUAUCAAGGCAGUCCCCAAACCCACCAUCACUUCUUCCUGUAACCCAGACAAAACCUCCUGCACUCUGACCUGUGAAGGUGACACCACUGAUGCUGAACCAGUCACCUACAUCUGGAAAAUGGGAGAGAGAGCAUGGGAGGUCUUAUACAAACAGAGGAAUGUCUCUAAGAGCGACACUGGCAAAUCAACCAACAGUUACAAGUACAUCUGCAAGCUGAAUAACGCUGUUAGUGUGGAAGUCAGUGAGCCAGUUGGAGAGCUGUUUGGUUCAGAGCCUUCCAAUACCAGUGCUAUUGUUGUUGGUGUUAUCGUUACCAUAUUAGUGCUUGCCAUAACAGCUGUCUACUAGACAGAGGCGCUGUCCAUUCAGCACCACGCCACGGAGCUCCACUAUGCCUACCUGUCCUGAGGCGCUGUCCAUUCAGCACCACGCCACGGAGCUCCACUAUGCCUACCUGUCCU